UAGUAUUGGUAACGUUUCCUUUAAGGGGCGUUCUGGGAAGGGUGUGGUCAAUCCCAGACUUUGAGGAAGUGUCACGCUCGCGUUAAAGUUGUCCAACAGAUACAGUAUGGCUGCUUUGAAGACAAGUGUGUUCGGGGACUCGGGUACCCUGUGAAAUGACGCGGUCACGAUGCUGUUCAAUGUCCUGUGUACUCUAAUCGCCGUCCAUGGUAACGUACUGUCUGAGAUACCACCAGCACCACCACGGAAUGUCCAUGUUGACAACUGGCUGCUGACAUGGCUGCCCACCACCGAGGAGGAAGAGGUCACCUACACCGUUCAGUACAGCAGCUUUGACAGUGAUGUGUGGACUGAUGUACCAGCCUGUGUCCAUAUAUCUUUGAAUUGCUGUAAUGUUAUUUCUACCAAAGUGGAGGGCGAGCUCGGCUGUGUUAUGCUACGUGUGCAAGCGGAGAGACGUGGGCUGACCUCCACACCGGUCAAAGCCUGUAGCAGGCAUGGUGACUCUUGUACUCCCGACUUCAGUCUGACUGCAGUACCAGGUUCCCUGACCGUUCAUUUGAGCAGGAACCACAGUCUGGCUCUGGAACAUGGAGAGCACCUCAAACACAGGGUUUAUUAUGGCAAGGAGGGAGAACCACGGCAGGAGUAUGAACAUCUCCAUGUGGCCUCAGUGACCAUCAGUGAGCUGCUGGAAGGACAGCGCUACUGUACAGAGGUGCAGUACGUCUUCUAUGAUAUGCCUGUCGGACUGGCCACCUGUACCCAGUGUGAGGUCAUCCCUAAGUCGAGAAAAGACUCUAAACAAUCAGGGAUAAUAGCAGCUGUCGUGCUUGUCGUCGUCCUGCUUGUUCUGAUACCUGUGCUGGCAUACUUCAUCAUCUUCCAGCGUGGGACAAUCAAACAGUGGCUGUCUCCAUACCGCAUCCCAGAAGACAAGAGCUUAGAGAAUGAAAGCAGCCACCCUCCACCUGCUUCUGCCACCGGACCAGACCUGAGGAUUGAUCUGUUGGGAGACCCACUCUGCACCUACUCUCCUGUAUGUCUGGUCUGCUUCUCCCUGGAGCCAGAUGUUCCGCUGACACCUAAUUGCAGAGAUGAGGGAGAGAAAAGGGAGAGCCACUCCUUCAUCACUGGACUUAAAAAGAUGUAUGUGAUCCCCACUCUCAUUGGGUGUAAUAUAAGUAAUUAGACUGAGGUCCAAAGUCAAGAAAUAUUUUUGGAUUCACAGAAAUGAUUGCCAAUGUGAGCAAAAUGCCUCGUUUAAAAAAAAUUCUGCACCAUUUUAAAUGAGCAAAUAAGAAUUUGUGUGAAACUUUGAAAAGUGACAGAAAAAAGAGCACUUUGCCAUGUCGACCGACAGUCAACAUAAAUCAGCUUAUUAUACAUAGUUAAACCCACAUUCAGGGAUCAGUGACACAUGUUCGUCUACUUGUCAAUAGUUUUUAGGAUAGACAUCACAUGUCCUUUCUUUGAGUCAAGAGCUUUGCUGAUUUCCUUAAAAGAUCAGUAAUAAUGAUUUUGUGUGCUACUUUAGCUCAUUAUAAAGCACAUCACUUACAUUUAUAUGCACUUUUAAAUAUCCUAUGAGCUCACUACUGGGAAUGGGGAAUUUUACUGGAUGGCCAGCGUUUCUGCGAUUAGAGUGUGUAGCGGAAAGGGAAAGCAGAGGACAGCCCUUUCCCUCCCCCCACAGGAAAAGUAGGUGGAGCCUAAAAGGUUAUAAAUUAGCACACUUGUGAGCAGGAAAAGAGGGGGAAAAACAAACAAAACAGAAAAACAGCAUGAAGAUGAGAGAGAGGAGCGAGAGUGGCUAAAGAAGGAAGAAACAACGUUUUAAGCCGUUUCUCAAUGAGCGUUCUUCUCUGUACCAAUUCAAAGUUCGCUUCUCGCAAAGCACGGUCAAAAUGCCCGGAUGUGACUUGAUCCUCCCACUUUCCGGAGGAUGCAUCAGAGGAGACUUGUGUGUACUCUGACCAGCCGAUAUCCCAGAAUGCAUUUCACACCAGCAACCGAAAACAAUGCCCUAGGAGAAAUUAAACAACUGGCCGAUGACUUUUUCUAAAUACUACUGUUGUUGAGUCACGUAAUUUUAGAAUGUUUUCAGGCGAGAAGUUAGUAGUUUAAAAAUCAAAUCUGUGAUCGGUUUAUUAUGCUUCAGCCUAAGAAAAAUAUGCGCCGGAGAUUUGAGGUUCUGCUCCACAGCGCCGGACGGUCAGCGAGAACAGCCUGAUCUAUAUAUAUGCACUACCGUUCAAAAGUUUGGGAUCACCCAGACAAUUUCGUGUUUUCCAUGAAAACUCACACUUUUAUUUAUCAAAUGAGUUGCAAAAUGUAUAGAAAAUAUAGUCAAGACAUUGACAAGGUUAGAAAUAAUGAUUUGUAUUUGAAGUAUUAAUUUUUUUCUUCAAACUUUGCUUUCGUCAAAGAAUGCUCCUUUUGCAGCAAUUACAGCAUUGCAGACCUUUGGCAUUCUAGCUGUUAAUUUGUUGAGGUAAUCUGUUGAAAUUUCACCCCACGCUUCCUGAAGCACCUGCCACAAGUUGGAUUGGCUUGAUGGGCACUUCUUGCAGACCAUAUGGUCAAGCUGCUCCCACAACAGCUCAAUGGGGUUGAGAUCUGGUGACUGCUGGCCACUCCAUUACAGACAGCAUACCAGCUGCCUGCUUCUUCCCUAAAUAGUUCUUGCACAAUGUGGACGUGUGCUUUGGGUCAUUGUCCUGUUGGAGGAGGAAAUUGGCUCCAAUCAAGCGCUGCCCACAGGGUAUGGCAUGGCGUUGCAAAAUGGAGUGAUAGCCUUCCUUAUUUAAAAACCCUUUUACCUGGUACAAAUCUCCCACUUUACCAGCACCAAAGCAGCCCCAGACCAUCACAUUACCUCCACCAUGCUUGACAGAUGGUGUCAGGCACUCUUCCAGCAUCUUUUCACCUGUUCUGCAUCUCACAAAUGUUCUUCUGUGUGAUCCAAACACCUCAAACUUGGAUUCAUCUGUCCGUAACACCUUUUUCCAAUCUUCCUCUGUCCAAUGCCUGUGUUCUUUUGCCCAUACCAAUCUUUUCUUUUUAUUGGCCAGUCUCAGAUAUGGCUUUUUCUUUGCCACUCUGCCUAGAAGGCCAGCAUCCCGGAGUCGCCUCUUCACUGUCGGCGUUGACACUGGCGUUUUGCGGGUACCAUUUAAAGAAGCUGCCAGUUGAGGACCUGUGAGGCGUCUAUUUCUCAAACUAGAGACUAAUGUACUUGUCUUCUUGCUGAGUUGUGCACCGGGGCCUCCCACUUCUCUUUCUGCUCUGGUUAGAGCCCGUUUGUACUGUUCUCUGAAGGGAGUAGUACACACCGCUGUAGGAAAUUUUCAGUUUCUUUGCAAUUUCUCGCAUGGAAUAGCCUUCAUUUCUAAGAACAAGAAUAGACUGGCGAGUUUCACAUGAAAGUUCUUUUUUUCUGGCCAUUUUGAGAGUUAUCGAACCCACAAAUGUGAUGCUCCAGAUAAUCAACUAGCUCAAAGGAAGGCCAGUUGUAUAGCUUAUAUCUCCAGCAUAACUGUUUUCAGCUGUGCUAACAUAAUUGCACAAGGGUUUUCUAAUCAUCCAUUAGUCUUCUAAGGCGAUUAGCAAACACAAUGUACCAUUAGAACACUGGAGUGAUCGUUGAUGGAAAUGGGCCUCUAUACACCUAUGGAGAUAUUUCAUUAGAAACCAGACGUUUCCACCUAGAAUAGUCAUUUACCACAUUAACAAUGUAUAGAGUGUAUUUCUGAUUGAUUUAAUGUUAUCUUCAUUGAAAAAAAACAAUGCUUUUCAUUGAAAAAUAAGGACAUUUCUAAGUGAUCCCAAACUUUUGAACGGUAGUGUAUAUAUAUAUUUUAUAUCGAGAGAGCAGCCUGAUCUCGGCAAGACUUUUUUAAAUGCUCCGCUGGCUCUGAUGUCUCCGUAGCGGUUAAACAUGAGAAAUAAUAAUUGGGUUAUGGAUGAUCUAACGAGCACAGAGUUUAUUUAUUCACAGAUAACUUUUAAUCUGUUUGACUGAGGGUUAACAUUUAUAACUUAAGAUGUCAAUUACACUUUUAACUAUA